CUAUCAAAAUGUACAAAAAAAAGUACCAACAUGGUCGUUGUAAAAAUCAUUAAAUACAAAUAUUUAUAUGAUCAUGAAAAAGAUCAUAAUAGGAUGUAAAUGUUGAAUUUAAAUUUUUUACAUGCUAUUGUUGCUUUUUGGACAUUGCAGUUGCCCUGGGCUCAAAAUGUGGAAGGUUGUUUGGAUGGUUAUAUUGGUAGAAAGUGUGAGUUAGAGUGUCGAUAUCCAAGUUUUGGAGCGGAUUGUCAGGAACAAUGUCUAUGCAUUGAGGCAGAAUGUAGCCAUGUGUCAGGAUGCAAAGAAACGACUGCGCAACCAACUAUCUUGCUGAGCACUCUGUUUAUGUUCAACGACACUGAUUUACCACAAAAUAAAAGUCAAAUUGCUUAUAUUUUUUCUGACUCGAUGGAUAGUUUUCAAAGAGACACCAAAAGUAAACCUUCCAUAUGGACGUUAUUAGAUAUGAAACACAAAAUCUUACUUAUCGGGAUAAUCAUCUGUUUAUCUCUAUUAUUUAUUAUCAUGAUGCUGAUAGCGAGGAAGAAGGUACCUAAAUAUGUGCAUCUGUACCGGUUUAAACCUGCCGGAUUCCAAAGAGCAGCCAGGAUUGAUUCAAUGGACAUUGCCUCUGUGUAAAUAUGUACAAAUUCAAAAAACAAGUUUAAAGAUAUGUUUCAAGCAAAUUGAUUUCCUUUACAAGAAUUCAAGACACGCACAGCAUUGAAAAAAGACAUAAAGAGGCUAGAAUCAUGCUAUUUAUU